AUGCCUGGAUCCCGGAGUUCAAAAAUGACUAAUCAGAUUGGUUCCGCCCCAGCGGUACAGAAUGCACAUCAAACCUCUGACCUGAAUGCCGGUGAGCACCUCAAAGCCAAUGCAUUGGAUGUGAAGGCAUUGGUUUUCGAAUUCGAACAUCCGGCACAACCAGUACUCAAGGUGUUUACAAACACCAAUACCUAUUACCUUUCGGCCACAGUGAGACAGAUACCAAAUGUCAGCCGAGUUCCGCGAGAUUUGAAGGAUUUAAGUCAGAGCACUGUGAGUACGUUUCGUGAUCGCGAAAUGCCUAUACCCGAGCCAUCUGAAGCUGACACUUUGGCAGCUUCCUCAAUGGAGGAUAUUUCUGACAUCACCUUAAUGGAACAACCUGCACCGAUAUAUCAAGUCGCACCCCAAAUGUUUCAAGAGAUGGAUUAUGUGCCAAGAUCCGUUCCAAUAACUCGUAUCAGUGGACCACCUACAGUCGAACUCCCGGUUGUGGAAGAUCGUCGAAUCCGGAAUAGACAAUAUUCGUUCAUUUCAGUAAAACUUCGAACUCCGGCUAGUGUAGGCAUCGUACUACUUCGCACGUUUCGUCUAACCCCGGCCCAUAUGGCGUCACAAAUCCCAUGCACUAUCUGUGACAAAAUGUACAAAUCUGGCGAGGCUGUGAUCAUACUCCCCUGUUCUCAUCUGUUUCACAAAAAUUGCAUUCUGUUACACUUGAACAAGACGUCCAAACUCUGUCCGGCAUGCGGUAAAGAUAUAACAAAAGUGAAUCAUCCCACUUUGACGGACGUGAGCAGCAUUUCGUCUACUAGCGAGACAAGUAUCAGCCAGGCUGAUACACACGCCACACUUCGAUCGGUUUGA